UUAUCAUGUUAUCAGUCAAUUACUUCGAAAAACAAAACCGUUUUUCAACUCGGUCAAUUAAGGUUUAUUAAAACAGCUACAUAUGCUGCACUGGUGUAGUCGAUUGUUGUGUCUUUACGAGACGAAAGCUCGUACCAGUGUUCUUGCUAUCUCAAAUUUCUUACGUUAAACGUUAUUUUAUCGAAACAUAAAAAUGACCAUGACCAUGACCAAGAUAACUGCAACGUUCAUCCCACUCAUCAUCUUAUUUCUGUUCUUCAUAAACACCUCAAACAGUGCUAAAAUAUUAUACCUUUAUCAUCUCGGCUGCAGGAGUACCAUAUCGAUGCAUCAAACCAUCACCAAAAUUCUACUAAAAAAUCAUCACGAGAUAAUCGCCAUAAGCCCUCUGCCACUGGACGAUAAAGAGACCCCAGCCAACUACACCGAUCUAGGAGUACACGAUCAUUUUCAAAAAUACAUCGAUCACUUCUCCUUGGAUGAUGCACUCACGAGCACAUAUGCGAAUCGAAAAAUCGUGUACGAGAACCAUAUUCCAAACUGUGAAAACCUUUACAAAAACGUCGAACUAAUCAAAAAGCUGAAAAACCUCAAAAUUGAUCUCAUUUUAUUAGAAAUAGACAGCGCAGAAUGUUUUCUACCUUUUGUAGCUCAAUUCCAGGCACCGAUAAUUGGAAUAUCCACACUGUAUUUUUUAUUCCCCGAAUUCGACGGAGUUAUGGGUAACCCGAUGAAUCCAUCCCAUAUACCGAUUCCUUUCAGCGCAUUGACUCCGCAAAUGGAUUUUUUCCAGAGAAUGGAAAAUACCAAGGAUUACGUGUUGCAUUUGUUGAUCAGUUGGUAUUAUACCAAUCAAGCGGAUACCAUGGCUGCUAAGUAUAAUCUGAGAAGUCCUCCGAUUCGAGAAAUAUACGAUCGAAUUGCGUUGGUGUUUUCUAACAGUCAUUCUAGUUUUUUGCCUAAGCCAAUGGCACCCAGUACUGUGGAUAUUGGUGGAAUUCAUAUCGGAAAUUCUUCGCCAUUACCGAAGGAAAUUCAAACAUUAAUUGACGAUUCAACCGAAGGAGUAAUAUACUUGAGCUUAGGAUCAGUUGCAAAAUUCAGUGGACUAUCAAAACGAAUGCACGAUUCGUUCACGAACGUAUUGGAGCAAAUACCCUAUCGAGUCAUCUGGAGACAUGACAAACCAGAAAUGGUUUCAAAUGUCACGAAAAAUAUUCUAGUUCAAAAGUGGUUCCCCCAAAAAGAUAUUCUAGCUCACCCAAAAGUCAUCCUGUUUAUAACCCAUAGCGGAAUUUUGAGCACAUUCGAAGCUAUCUAUUUUGGAGUACCCAUGUUAACUUUCCCAAUCUUAUACGAUCAAUUUACAAAUGCAGCUUUGAUACAAAGUAAAGGAAUCGGUCUUCCUUUAGAAUUGAACAAUUUCAACGAGCUUUCUCUGACGCUAGGCAUCGACCAAGUCAUCAAUAAUCAAACGUAUCGAGAAAAUAUCAAAAAACUAUCGAAUAUUUUCAAAGAUAGACCUCUGAAUCCUCAAGAUACGUUGAUUUAUUGGGUAAACUAUGUAUUAAGGCAUAAGGACGUUUCGUAUUUAAAACCUACCGGAUCGAAGUUACCAUUUUAUCAGUAUUUAUUAUUAGAUGUUAUAUCAUUUUUGACAGUGACGAUGAUUUUAACUAGCUACAUUAUUUAUUUGACUCUAAAAACGAGUACUUCGAUAUUGAAGAGGUUGUUAUUAAGUAAUAAGCAAAUAAGUAAGACGAAAACUUCGUAAUGAUGUCAUUUUCCUACUUGUAACCAUAAAUACAAAAUAACGUGAUAUGUUCGUCUAAGUACCUUACUAUUGUAAAUAAGUGUUAUGACACGAGUGUAAUGUAAAUAUCAUAGGUCAUUUCCUAAGAACUUUUUUCAAAAAUUAAAAUUACUAAAAUGAAA